AUGAGCUCGAUGAACUCCAAUGGCGUCUUUAAUCCUGCCGCCCACGACCCGACCGCUACUCUGUCACCGGCCAUGCUCGAUCCCUCGACCGCCUUCAUGCAGACGCCCAAUGCCUUUGACCUAAAUCAGCAGAUUCAGGCUCAACAGCUGCAACAGCAGCGCAUGCAAAACGGCUCUGCGCGCAAUCCGACAGGCGCCUUUCACACUCCCGUCUACAAUGUCAACCCCAUUGUGCCCUCGAAACGGACGCGCGAGGACUCUAUCGGCGCUUCACCGCGUCAAACACCCAUGGCUGUACCCGGCGCGCUUCCCGGAUCGCGCUCGCAAACACCCCAGCAGAUGCCCUUUUCCACCUUUGCGACCAAUCCGUUGGCCGCUCAACAGAUACCCGCCGCUCCAACUCCCUAUCAGCACCUCCAACAUGGCGCUCCGGCCAAUGCGUCACCGUCUCCUAUCAUGCAGAACCAGCACUUUCGUCCGGCGGCCGCGCCUCCGCGCAUGCAAACCGCGUCACCAAGUCCCUUUGCUACUGCCGCCCAGGGCUUUGGUCCUCAGCUGUCCCCCUCGCAGCCUGACCACAUGAGUCGCGUGCAGACGCCGCAGAGCGCUGCCUCGACUUUUGUGCCAACGCUGCCAUACGGUGCCGGAUUUGGCCCCCCUUUUAAUCCUCAAAUGGCCAUGUCGCCCGCUGGUCUUGCGCCGGGUUCGGUGCCUCCGCAGCCUGCUCCGACGCCGACUCCAAACCUUCAGCAGCCCCAGCCCCAGCCUCAGCCUCAGCCACAGCAGCCACAGCAGCAGCAGGGGCAACAACAGCAGCAACAACAACAACUCAAUGCGCAGCGCAUGUACCAGAUGCGCCUGCAACAGCAGCAGCAGCAGUUGCAGGCGAACAGCAUGACCAUGCAGGGCGGUCGUCCUCAAAGCGCUGGACCCAUGCCCCUCGGUACUGCUGGCACCGCCGCGCCCAUGCCAAACAUGCCUGCAGCAGGUGUCGGCGGCGGCGCUGUGCGGCCGAUGCAGGCGAUGAUGCGGCCCAAUAACCCGGAACAAUUCAUGAAGAACCUGGCCCAAUUUAUGCACGCCAAUGGCCGUCCCUUGAACAUGACGCCCAUGGUGGCUGACCGCACCAUCAAUCUCAUGCAACUCUACGCUACGGUGAUGAAAAAUGGUGGGUUCAAAAAGGUAACCACCAUGGGUGCUUGGCCUGCGGUUGCCGCGGCGUUACAGUUCCCUCCCAUGCAGUAUCCGACGGCGCCGCAGGAGAUCAAGGCCCACUACGAGCGUAACCUGAUGCUGUAUGAGAGUACAUUUUGGCAAAUGCAGCGACAAAAGGUUAUGAACGAGCAGCUGCAGAACAUGCAACAGAGCCAGCCCAAUAUGCCCGGAGCAGGAGGCGUGCAACCGCAAAUGUCGCCUCCCAAGCCCAUUCCUCAACCCACUGCCGAGCAGCCGCUGCCGCAAUCGAUAUUACCCCAAGAGUCCCUGCCACAGACGCCAAUUAAGCAGACCGUGGCCUCUCCAAACAAUGUGCGGCCAACGCCGAUGAACGGUUAUGUCACCCCUCAGCAGCAAGCUCAACUUUCAAGCAAACCGUCAUCCAUUGGAAGCAGCCAGCACCGAACAAGCCUGAGCCGCCAACUCGAGAUGACGCCGCCGCCGCAAGGGCCAAAUGCGCAAUAUCCAUCACCGUCUCCUGCCUUUGUCUCCAAACCCCCAAGCAUAGCGGCAGCUGAGUCUCCUAUGGUGCGGGCCAAUGACCAAGCAACACUCCUUCCACCACCACCACCACCAAGUCCCGCGAAACAGCCUGCGCGGCUUCCGACCAAUUUCGAGCCCAAAGUUCGCGUCUUAGACACGCAUGGCGGUGUUGAUGUCGUCACGGCCGGCAACCUCGGCACAGAACUAAUCGUGCACAAGCCUGUGGUCCCGAGUUUCACAGAGCUCGGCGUCAUUGAUAUUCAUGCCUUGACCAUGAGUAUCCGCUCCGGUCUACAUGCUGAGGUCCGAUUAGCGCUGGAUACUCUUGCCACUCUCUCGAUAGCUCCGCAUUUCCAGCUAUCUCUCGAGAGCUGUGAAGAUCUUGUGGAAGCUUUGAUUGACUGUGCCGAAGACCUGAUGGAAACUCUGAUCAGUGACAUUCCCGAGCCUUUAGAGUCCUUGGCCAUCGCCCCGUAUGAAACCGUUCUUCGCAAUUGUCGGACCGAAGUGGACGGUCUACAAUCACUUCCCCCUGUUGAAUCUUCAGAAUAUGAACUGGACAGGGCUGUUGACAAGCUCAUUUGUAUCACAACCCUCCUACGGAACUUUUCGUUUUACGAGACAAACCAUCCGAUGCUUGUUGACGCCAACGUUCUCAAAUCCGUGGCGGCAAUCAUCAAUCAAUUGGGGACGCGGCCACGCUUCCUGCGAUCGAAUGUCAACACUCUCGACGUCAUGAAAGACUUGGUGACGUUCUUGUCAAAUCUGGCUCAGUCCAUCGAGUUGCCUGGAAAAGAGGAAGCGCUCCUCUUUUUGCAUUUCCUGCUGUCCUUUGGUCCAAGCCCUGGUCCGACAAACCCUAACAAUGACGAUGUCAUCUUUUCCGCCUACCAUCCUUCAAUCCAUCGCUAUCUCCCGCCUGCUGUGGACUGCUUAGCUAAGCUUCUAGCGCGCGAUAUGCCGAAUCGCACCUUUUUCAGAGCGAUCUUUGCGGCGGAAAGUACUGGCUCUCCACCUUACGAGCUCCUCACGAGGGCAUUCGGCCUCGCUAUUUCUCCGAUUCCGGAGCACGCCCGCGGGAACCCGAUCCCCAUUGUCGAAGCAAGGAAGCCUUUUCUCGUCCAGGGACUGCUUGCAGCAGAGAUACUUGCUAGCCUUACUCCUGGCCCUGACCAUAAUCUAGCCAAGUCUUGGCUUUCUUCUGCCGAUGGAUUCUCUCUGAGUUUGCUCCGUCUCGUAUGCCUGUUGAGCACUGACCGGACUCCGCCAAACCAGCGAGCUGCUGGUAGGUCGACCGAGCAAGAUGCACAAGCGUAUGGUAUGAUCACCCAUCGUGGUAUGGCUGUGCUUCAACGACUAGCCGAGAAGGUUCGCAACUCAGAUGAUCUAUCCGUGAAGCUACCGGUGGGAAUCUUACCGAAGAAAGAAAGUUUGCUUGGUGCGCUCUUGACAGCAAAUAUAGAUGGCACUGUCGUGCGGCAACUUUGCGCUUAUGCCGGGCUAGAGAGCUAA